AUGGAUUUGCCAAGCAAUUCAAUAAAUGUUUCGCCAUUUCCAUCAGUGAAGAUAACACAUACUUCGUCAAUACCUAACUUUCAAGUUUCAUCACCAACGAUUUCACAUCUUUCAUUGCCGGAUAAUAUACAUGAAUUACCACUCGGUCAUUUAUCUAACCCAAAAUCAUCACAAUCUCCUAGUAUAUUGCCUCCAAAUAGAUCUGCUUCUCUUGGAUCAUCAUCACAUCGCUCAUCAGCUGAUGACGUUGUUCCCGAGCUUAAAAAAUUUGAUGCAACUAAUAAUAAAAUGACAAGGAUGAGAUCAAAAGUCGUAAUAGAUGAAGAAGAUCUUCAAAGAAAAGUUCAACAAAUACUCAAUGGUCCUGAUGUACAACGACAACUUCGAGCAAGUAUGUCUGUUGGCCCAGGUGGCUUUGAUUUCACAUCAAAAAUAAACCUUCAUCGAAAUAAAUCAGUCUUUAAGGAAAAAAAACCACUUCCUGAAAGAUUCAAAAAAUCACAAGAAUCUGAAACACAUCGUUUGAAACUCUUCGAAAUCUUCAAGUUUGCUGAUGGACUAGAUAUACUUUUGAUGAUUAUUGGUUCUAUCGCUGCAUUGGGAACUGGAGCUUGUUCUCCAAUAGGCCUUAUUGUAUAUAAACAAUUACUUAAUCAUUAUACUACCGAUAACAAAAUUAAUACUUCUACCACUUUCAAUCGUUCAAAUGAAUGUUCAAUAGUGGUUAAUACUACAAAUAAUGCUUCAUCUACGAUAUCUAUAGAAAAUAUUAUAGUUUAUUACGUUCUGCUCGGUUUAGGAAAUUUAAUAUUCUGUUACGUUGGCUGGUCAACUUGGCUUAUCACUGCGGAAAGACAAGUUCGUCGUAUUCGAUUUGCUCUUUUUCAAAAUAUUCUUCGACAAGAAAUCAGUUGGUUUGAUGUACACAAUGCUGGAGAAUUAAGUAAUCGACUUGUUGAUGAUCUAGAUAAAAUUAAAGAUGGAAUAGGUGAGAAAGUACCGGAUUUUUUUUCGCUUUGCGUACGAAUGAUCAGUUCACUCAUAUUGGCUUUUGUGGAAGGAUGGAAAUUAACAUUGGUUUAUCUAUCUAUAUCUCCACUAAUAGUUGUUACUAUUAAUUUUACAGUCAAAACGAUUAUUUCAUAUACAGUAAAAGAAGUGCAAGCAUUUGCAUCAGCAUCAUCAGUUGCACAAGAAGUUUUACAAAGUAUUCGAACAGUUACAGCAUUCCAUGGUCAAAAAAAAGAAGAAGAAAGAUUUGCAAAUAGUUUAGUUAAAGUAAAAACCAUUGGAGUGAAAAAGGGUGCUUAUAUAGGACUAUGCCAAGGUUUAAAUAAUCUUUUUAGUUAUUCAGCAACAGCGCUUACACUUUGGUAUGGUUUACAUCUUUCUCAAACUAAUUGUUCAAACUAUUCAGCUGGAUCAGUAUUUUUGGGCGCUACAAUACAAAUAUCUCAAUUUAUGCCUAAUAUUCAAAGUUUUGCAGAGGCUCUUGGUAGUGGAGGCGGUGUAUUUAAGAUUAUUGAAAGAUAUUCAAUGAUUAAUGCAUUGAGUAAUGAUGGUGAAAAACCACCAACUAUUAAAGGUGAUAUUGAAUUUGAUAAUGUUAGUUUUACUUAUCCUGCACGACAAGAUGCUUUGAUCCUCAAUAAACUAUCAAUAUAUAUUCCAUCUGGUAAAACAAUUGCUUUGGUUGGAUCCUCAGGAUGCGGAAAAAGUACAGCUAUUCAAUUGAUACAACGAUUUUAUGAUUCAGAUAGUGGUCGAAUUUUAAUCGAUGGAAUAAAUAUAACAAGAUUGAAUGUGGCUUGGCUUCGAUCACAUAUAGGAAUUGUGAGUCAAGAACCGGUUCUUUUCACAGGAUCAAUCGAAGAUAAUAUCCGAUUUGGUAAACCAAACGCGACAGAUGAAGAAGUAGAAGCUGCUGCUAAAAUAGCCAAUGCUCAUGACUUCAUAAUGGCACUUCCAGAAAAGUAUAAAACAUCAUCUGGUGAUAAACUCAGCGGUGGUCAAAAACAACGAGUGGCUAUUGCUCGAGCAAUGUUAUCAAAUCCAAAGAUUCUUUUAUUAGAUGAAGCAACAAGUGCACUUGAUAAUACUAGCGAAAGAGCCGUACAAGAUGCACUAGACAAAGCUAAAGAAGGUCGAACUACAAUAGUAAUAGCUCAUCGUUUAAGUACGAUACGAAAUGCUGAUUUAAUCAUUGCAUUAGAAAAUGGACAAGUAAAAGAAAGUGGAACACAUAACGAAUUAAUGAAGCGGAAAGGACUUUAUUAUGAAUUAGUUACAACUCAGACUGAAAAGAUAGCGGAAGAAAGCGAUUCAGAAAGUGAAACAGAAGAAAACGACACCAACGAUGAGUAUGUAUGGGCACAACAGUCACUAGCUAACAGAAAAAUUUCAAAACAAUCAAUGACUUCAGGUGACAAUUCCGAUGGAUAUAAUGAGAAUGCAGAUGAUACAUCACCAGAUGAUAUCUCAAAAAAUAAGUAUUUUCGUAUUCCAUUUCUCCUCAAGAUUUCAAAAUUUAACGCUCCAGAAUGGCAUUGGAUUUUAUUAGGCACAUUUACUUCUCUUGGUUAUGGCAUACUUCAACCCUUCUACGGACUUAUAUUCGCAAAUAUGUACGGAACAGUAAGUGAACCAGAUCCACAUGAACAAGGUCGUUUAAUACGCAUAUAUGCCAUAAUUUGUUUCUUGUUUGGUGUUGGUGAAUGUAUCGCUCAAUUUUUAAGUUGUCUUAGUUUUGCUAAAUCAGGUGAAGCAUUAACGAUGAGAAUGCGAAAAUUAACAUUUAGCGCUAUACUUCGACAAGAAAUGAGUUAUUUUGAUCAACAAACAAAUUCUGUUGGAGCUCUUGUUACACGUCUUUCUUCGGAUGCGUCUGCUCUUAAGGGAAUGACUGGUAUUCGUAUUGGAAUCAUUUUACAAUCAAUAGGUGCCUCUAUAGCAGGCUUAAUAAUUUCAUUCGCAACGAGCUGGAAACUGACAUUGGUUAGUUUGUCCUUUGCUCCUAUUAUAAUAUUAGCAGGAAAGCUUCGAAGUCAAAUAGAAGAUAAUGACAAACAGUCAAAAGAUAAAAUUUCAUUUACCGAACUAGGUGGACAGCAUGCAACACAAGCAAUCGAACAUAUUCGUACUGUCGUUGCUCUUCAUCAAGAAAAUCAUUUUAUCCAACUUUAUCAAGAUGCAUUCAAUGCAGAAUAUAAAAAACGAAUACGUCAUAUACACUUGAUAGCUCUAGGUGAUGCUAUAUCUAAUUCAAUGGGAUAUUUUUUUCCAUCCGCAUGUAUUGGAUAUGGUAAUAACCUCAUCAACAAUGGAGAAUUACAAUUCGAUCGAGUGUAUAGAGUUUAUGCUGUUAUAGCACUCUCUAUAUCUACUAUUAGUCGUUCAUUGAAUACAGUUCCUGAUUAUUCAAAAGCUAAACGAGCCGCAUUAAGAAUUAUAAAACUUCAUAAUAGACAAUCACAAAUUGAUCCUAAUAAGGAAUCAGGGAUCAUUUUGGCAAAAGAAGAUUUUGUGGGUAAUAUUGAAUUUCAUGAUGUUUGUUUUCGAUAUCCAACUCGACCAAAUCUUCGUAUUUUAAGACAUUUCUCAUUGAAAUGUUUAAAUGGUAACACGACAGCUUUUGUUGGUCCAUCAGGAUGUGGAAAAUCAACAACUAUGGCGUUGUUACAACGAUUCUAUAAUCCAAUAGACGGAAAAAUUUUAAUAGAUGGCCAUGAUAUAAAAGUUUUGAACAUUCGGUGGCUUCGAUCACUGAUGGGUCUUGUUCAACAAGAACCAGUUCUUUUCAAUAUUUCUAUUCGUGAUAAUAUUGCAUAUGGUGAUAAUAGUCGGCAAGUAACACAAGAUGAAAUUGAAACUGCUGCUCGAAUGGCUAAUAUUCAUGAAUUAAUUAUCUCAUUUCCUGAGGGUUAUGAAACAAUGUGUGGAGUAAAAGGUAGUCAAUUAUCUGGUGGACAAAAACAACGAAUUGCUAUUGCUCGAGCUUUAAUUCGUAAUCCAAAAAUUCUUCUUCUUGAUGAAGCAACAUCAGCAUUAGAUAAUAAAAGCGAAAAAGUUGUUCAGUCAACAUUAGAUCAAGCAAGGGUAGGUCGAACAUGCUUAACAAUUGCUCAUCGGCUAUCGACAGUUCAAAAUUCUGAAAACAUUGCUGUUGUAAAUCGAGGCAAAUUAAGAGAAGAAGGUACCCACGAAGAACUAUUGGCAAAGAGAGGAUUAUAUGCACAGCUUGCAUUACCACAACUGUCUGUUGGUCAUCGCUGA